UUUGGAGGAAGCGUGCCGCAUCCUUUGGUCUCCGCGCGUCCAUCUGUGCCCAUCUGAAACAGGUCUCUUCCAGCUCUCGGAUCUGGGUAGCCAAGACGCGGGAAAGAGUGAGGGUGGGGGUCCCCUGCGACUCACGCCGUGCUACGCGCCGCCGGAAUCCGCCCCCGGGAGGCAAACGAGAGGGCUGAGAACUCGCCUGCGGCUGGCCGCCAGCAGCCUCCCAGCCCCGGACUCUGCAAAGGAGGGGGGGGGGGGGCCGGAGGAGGGAAAGUGGGGCCGGGCGGAGGGUGCCUGGGAAUCAGGGCUGUGCUGACGUCACUGGGCGCGCAAUUCGGGCUGGAGCCCUUUAAAAAACGAGCGUGCGAGCGAGCGGAGAUGCUGCUCCACACAGAGCAGGCUGCCUGCAGCAGCAAGGCUCACUGCCCCUGCAGCGGCUGCAGCCAGGGCUGCUCCGGAGGUUCGCGUGGCAGCAUCAGGCACGGUCCGGCCCAGCGGCGCUUCUCCUUGGCGCCCCACCGGGGGACAGGAACUCGUUGCCGGGUGCUGCAGACGCCCUCUGAGCCGCCGAAGCCCACGGACUUGCGUCUGGCACUGCACAGUCCGAAGCCACCCGGACGCUGCCCUGCGACCACAUCCUCCUCGAGACCCCCUGCUCCGGCACCAUGGACACCUCCUCGGUCCAUGCGCUCCUGUCCUUGCCUGUUCUGCUGCAGCUGGUGGGUGCAGGCGGCUCGUCGAGACCUGGCGCGCUGCUGCGGGGCUGCCCCCCGCGCUGUCAGUGCGAGCCCGACGGCAGGAUGCUGCUCAGGGUGGAUUGCUCCGACUUGGGACUCUCGGAGCUGCCCUCCAACCUCAGCGUCUUCACAUCCUACCUAGACCUCAGCAUGAACAACAUCAGUCAGCUGCCCCCGAGUCCUCUGCACAGUCUUCGCUUCCUGGAGGAGCUACGUCUUGCUGGAAACGCGUUGACAUACAUUCCCAAGGGAGCCUUUGCUGGUCUUUACAGUCUGAAAGUUCUCAUGCUGCAGAAUAAUCACCUAAGGCAGGUUCCCACGGAAGCGCUACAGAAUUUGCGAAGCCUUCAGUCCCUGCGGCUGGAUGCCAACCACAUCAGUUAUGUCCCCACCAGCUGUUUCAAUGGCCUGCAUUCCCUACGACACCUGUGGCUGGAUGACAACGCUCUGACAGAAAUCCCUGUCCAGGCUUUCAGAAGUUUAUCAGCACUGCAGGCCAUGACCUUGGCCCUGAACAAAAUACACCACAUACCAGACUAUGCCUUUGGAAACCUCUCCAGCUUGGUGGUUCUGCAUCUCCAUAACAAUAGAAUCCACUCUCUGGGAAAGAAAUGCUUCGAUGGACUCCACAGCCUGGAGACCUUAGAUUUAAAUUAUAAUAACCUUGAUGAAUUCCCUGCUGCAAUCAGGACACUCUCCAACCUUAAAGAACUAGGAUUUCAUAGCAACAAUAUCAAGUCAAUACCUGAGAAAGCAUUUGUAGGCAACCCUUCUCUUAUUACAAUACAUUUCUAUGACAACCCCAUCCAGCUUGUUGGAAGAUCCACCUUUCAAUGUUUACCUGAGCUGAGAACACUGACUUUGAAUGGUGCCUCGCAAAUAACUGAGUUUCCUGAUUUAACUGGAACUGCUAGCCUGGAAAGUCUGACUCUAACUGGAGCGCAGAUCUCUUCUCUUCCUCACACUGUGUGCGAUCAGUUACCUAAUCUCCAAAUGCUAGAUCUAUCUUACAACCUGCUGGAAGAUUUGCCCAGUUUUUCAGUCUGCCAAAAGCUUCAGAAAAUAGAUCUGCGACAUAAUGGAAUCUAUGAAAUUAAGGUUGACACUUUCCAGCAGUUGCUUAGCCUCCGAUCUCUGAAUUUAGCUUGGAACAAAAUUGUCGUGAUUCACCCCAAUGCAUUUUCGACUUUGCCAUCUCUAAGAAAGCUGGACCUAUCGUCCAACCGCCUGUCGUCUUUUCCUGUAACUGGGUUACAUGGUUUAACUCACUUAAAAUUAACAGGAAAUCAUGCCUUACAGAGCUUGAUAUCAUCUGAAAACUUUCCAGAACUCAAGGUUAUAGAAAUGCCUUAUGCUUACCAGUGCUGUGCAUUUGGAGUGUGUGAGAAUGUCUAUAAAAUUUCUAAUCAAUGGAAUAAAGGAGACAACAGCACUACAGAUGAUCUUCAUAAGAAAGAUGGUGGAAUGUUUCAAGUCCAAGAUGAGCGUGAUCUUGAAGAUCUCCUGCUUGACUUUGAGGAAGACCUGAAAGCCCUUCACUCAGUGCAAUGCUCCCCUUCCCCAGGCCCCUUCAAACUCUGCGAAUACCUGUUCGGUAGCUGGCUGAUCAGAAUUGGAGUGUGGACCAUUGCAGUUUUGGCGCUUACUUGUAACGCCUUGGUGACUUCAACAGUGUUCCGAGCCCCUCUGUACAUUUCCUCCAUCAAACUGCUAAUUGGGUUAAUAGCAGCGGUGAACAUGCUCAUGGGGGUCUCCAGUGCUGUGCUGGCUGGCGUGGACGCGGUCACAUUUGGCAGCUUUGCACGGCACGGUGCGUGGUGGGAGCAAGGGGUAGGUUGCCAAGUCGUCGGGUUUUUGUCCAUUUUUGCUUCAGAAUCAUCUGUUUUCCUGCUGACUCUGGCAGCGCUGGAGCGUGGGUUCUCGGUGAAAUACUCUGCAAAAUUUGAAACGAAAACUCCUUUUUCCAGUCUGAAAGCAGUCAUUUUGCUUUGCGCGGUGCUGGCCCUGACUAUCGCUACGGUGCCCCUGCUGGGCGGCAGCGAGUACAGCGCCUCCCCGCUCUGCCUGCCGCUGCCCUUCGGGGAGCCCAGCACCACCGGCUACAUGGUCUCUCUCGUCCUGCUCAACUCCCUUUGCUUCCUCGUGAUGACCAUCGCCUACACCAAGCUCUACUGCAACUUGGAAAAGGGCGACCUGGAGAAUAUUUGGGACUGUUCUAUGGUGAAGCACAUUGCGCUCCUGCUCUUCACCAACUGUAUUCUUUAUUGCCCCGUGGCUUUCUUGUCCUUCUCUUCUUUACUGAACCUCACGUUCAUCAGUCCUGAAGUCAUUAAGUUUAUCCUCCUGGUGAUUGGCCCACUUCCUGCCUGUCUCAAUCCCCUCCUCUACAUCCUCUUCAACCCCCAUUUUAAGGAGGACUUGGGGAGCCUGGGAAAGCAAGCCCACUUCUGGACAAGAUCGAAACACCCAAGCCUGAUGUCUAUUAACUCUGAUGAUGUGGAGAAACAGUCCUGUGACUCCACCCAAGCCUUGGUGACAUUCACCAGUGCCAGCAUAGCCUACGACCUGCCUUCCAAUUCUGGGUCACCAUCAGCUUAUCCAGUGACCGAAAGCUGUCAUCUUUCAUCUGUGGCAUUUGUCCCAUGUCUCUAAUUCAUAUGUGUGAGAAAAAGUUUUCAAAAAUUGAAAACCCCAAAAUGUGAGAUUGAGUAUAUCAGAGCAGUAACUAAAAAGAGUGUAGUUAAAACUUGA